AUGAGGCGUUCGAGUACCGACGAGACCCCGUACAGGCGAAGUCCGUCCUUGGACAGUAAACCGGAAACGCCGCCCUUUACCUCUGGGUUCCACCGGUUCAGUGGGGAGUUUGAAUACAAGCGUCCGCCGUUCGCUUUCGGAUUCACCACCACCAAAAAGCCCCAGUCCUCCAACGGGCGCUACACUCCGGGCAAGAAGUACGUGGUGUUUUACCUGGACCUGUCCUUCAUUUUUCUUCUAGAACUGCGUCGCUGCAAAAUGGCAGAGGGAUGCAUGAUGGCCCUGCGCUACGGGAUGGUCUUCUUCAACCUCCUCUUCUGGCUGGGGGGCUGCGGGAUCCUCGGGGUGGGCGUGUGGCUGUCCGUCACCCAGGGCAGCUUCGCCACGCUCUCGUCCUCCCUGCCCUCGCUGUCGGCCGCCAACCUGCUCAUCGCCGUGGGAACCAUCAUCAUGGUGAUUGGCUGCCUGGGCUGUGUGGGCGCGGUCAAGGAGAGCCGGCCCAUCCUGCUGGCGUUCUUCAUCGUGCUGCUGCUCAUCUUCUUCCUGGAGAUCCUGUCCAUCAUGUUGUUCUUCAUCUACCAGGACGAGAUCGACCAGUACGCUCAGAGGGACCUGAAGAAAGGCCUGGAGCUCUUCGGCACAGAGGGGAACAUCGGCCUCACCAACGCCUGGAUGAUCGUACAGACCGACUUCCGCUGCUGUGGAGUGACCAACCACACAGACUGGUUUGAGGUGUACAACGCGUCCCGUGUGCCAGACUCCUGCUGCCUGGAGUACAGCGACAACUGUGGCCUGGACAACCCCGGCACGUGGUGGACCGCCAGCACCUAUAAAAGGAUUUUGGAUUGGAUUGAACAUUGUGCAGUUUCCCAUUCACACUUAGUCAUUUUUUGGAUCUGCACUGCACUUACCUCCAUCCUGGGCCUGGUCUUCUCCAUGACCAUGUUCUGCCAGGCCGUCAAAGUGGACACCUUCUACGCCUAG